AUGUUAGGCGAUGACGAAAACAAUGGUGUCUUGCGCGGUUGCGCCCAAUGCACGUUCGGUGUAUUCGAAGAGCAGGCAGCCAAGAACACAAAUAGAGAAAUCCUAGUGGAAUUCGACAAAGCGGUCCAAGGGUUAACAGCAGAUAUCAUAUCCCACACAGCCUUUGGAAGUAGCUACAAAUUAGGAAUGGAAGCCUUCCAUGCCCAGAAAGAGCUCCAGGCAAUCGCCAUAUCCAGUUUACUUAAUGUGCAGAUACCAGGAUUCAGCUACCUGCCCACAAGAAGGAAUAGGCUGAAGUGGAUGCUUGAAAAGAAGCUUAGAAGCACGCUCAUGCGUAUCAUAAACUCGCGGCUAGCGUCGCGAGGGAGCGGAUACGGAAAUGAUCUACUCGGUUUGAUGCUUGAGGCCUGCACCACAACAGAGCAAGGGGGCAAGCAAGAGCAGCUAAGCUUGAGCAUGGAUGAGAUCCUACACGAGUGCAAAACGUUCUUCUUCGCGGGUUACGAAACAACAUCGAUUCUGCUCACCUGGACAGUGUUCUUGCUCAGUGUGUACCCAGAGUGGCAGGAGAGGCUACGGGCGGAGGUCUUGAGGGAGGUUGGAAAGGGUAACCCCAGCGGCGACAACCUCGGCAAACUGAAAGAGAUGACGAUGGUCCUCCAUGAAACCCUGAGGCUCUACGGCCCUGCUCUUUUCAUGCAGAGGAAGACCGUAACUGACAUGGUGGUCGGAGCCAUAACAAUUCCCAAUGACCAUGCAGUUGUCAUAGGCGCCCCAUUCAUGCACCGGGACAAGAAGGUCUGGGGUGAGGAUGCGGAUCAGUUCAACCCGAUGAGAUUCGCGAACGGGGUCGCGAGAGCGGCAAAGGUUCCACACGCCCUGCUGGCGUUCUCGAUCGGGCCGAAGGCGUGCAUCGGCCAGAACUUUGCGAUGCUCGAAGCCAAAUCCGUGAUGGCGACGGUUCUGCAGAAGUUCUCGUUCGCUCUUUCGCCGAGCUAUGUCCACGCUCCUGCGGAUUUCCUCACUCUGCAGCCUAAGUUUGGCCUCCCCGUCGUUAUGAAGCUGCUGGAUGUGUGA